AUGUCAUUUGGUGAUUUCAGCAAGAUAUGCUCGAAAACACCGCUUCCACUUUGUGCUGUAGUCAAGUCUACUAAGCAGGUUAUAUUAACGAAUGGAACUACUGUCAAGAAUUCGCAAGCAGAUGUUGUAAAUCUCGGGAUAUUGCCAGUUUGCUAUGCUAGAUCGAUCGACGUCGCGAAUACGAUCAUAUAUGAAAUCGGGAAUGCAUUUAUAAAUAUUUUGACACUAUUCCUCUUGAUGAUUAUUAUAUUCAACGUGAGGCAAAAGGUGACGGCAAUUGGCCGGAGCGAAUACUCCUUUUUUUUCCAGAUGUGCUUUGUUUUAACGGUGAUCACAUUGGUGGUGGAUUGCGGAGUUUCACCUCCAGGAUCGGACUCUUACCCAUAUUUAGUUGCUGCGCAAUUAGGUCUAGCGGGUGCUUGUUGCUGGAUUAUGUCAGUGCUUGGCCUUCUAGGGUUUAGAUUGUGGGAGGAUGGUACUCUAAAGUCUAUGUUCCUGAUGUAUGGAAUGGCCGGCUGCGGAUUUUUGCUGAACUUCAUGGUUAGCAUCGUUACGUUCAAAGAUUGGUUACAAGGCAAUUCGAAUACCUCGACAAACGCAACUGGAGUAUUCGUUGUCAUGUACGUCAUAAAUGCGCUAGCUCUAUUCAUCUAUGUUGUUUGCUUGAUAAUUGUUUCGGUGAAAGUAUUGAACAACUAUUGGGCCACAGGAUCGAUACUAUUGUGUGUGUUCUUUUUCGUGGCAGGCCAAGUACUAAUGUACACGCUUUCGAAUACAAUGUGCGAAGGGUUGAAUCAUUAUCUAGACGGAUUGUUCAUCGGAAGUUUAGGAAACAUGUUCGCAAUCAUGAUGCUGUACAAAAACUGGGAUAUGAGUACAGAUGAUGACUUAGAAUUCAGUGUCAGCAUCGACAGCAACGGUUACACAACAUUCAAUUCUGACAUGAAGCUAUGA